CAGAUCAACCCGCUGAGGGAUUAAGACAAACAAUGGAUAAGAUGCAGGUGUCAUAUUCAUCAUUUAUCCUGUUGCUUCUUCUUCAGGUACAUUAUGGUUUGGCUGCAGAAUGUAAUACAUUCUCAGUGACAUCUCCUUCAGCAUCUACRUUGUACGUCAAGUGGAGCAGCUACGCUGGAGCCACCCUUUACGUCCUAGAUUUGAGAGUCGUGAACUCGACGAGUGUUGCACCGCUGAUGCUGAUGCAGUCAKCGUCCAGCACGCAGAGGCUGGUGCAGGGCUUAAGAGCUGGACAGGUUUACCAAGUCACACUGUCAGCCUUUGACAUGCUCUACAGCCCAUUGUGCACAGCUUCAAAGAUAACUAUGACAGUACCUGCUACGUCCCAGAUUACAACUUCCCAAGCUAUUUCAAGCACUUCUAUAAAGUUUCAGUGGUCCCUYGUGACGGGGGCGGACAGCUACGUCUUGUUUGUGGGGGAGACGUUCGGCUCUCCUCCAAGGAUUUAUAACCAGACCUUCAAUACCUCCUGUGGACAAAUAGGUGGCUUGACUCCAUCAACAACGUAUGAUUGUUAUGUUUACUCCUCCAAUGUUGCAGGGAGAGGUGCCAAAAGCAACAUAAAGACCAUAACAACAUUGGUGCAGCCGCCAACUGGUGUGACUCUCAGCCCGACUGGGAAAAGCACGGCCCGAGUGACGUGGAACUCUGUGAGCAAAGUCCUGCUUUACCAAGUGACCGUGAGCAACAACGGCAACCCGGACAGACCGCCUGUCAUAAGGAGUUCCUCGUCCACAUCCAUGGACAUCAGUUCUCUGGAGCCCUGCUCCACCUACACAGUUGGAGUAUCAUCAGUCAACGUCUUCCUGGUGCCUGGGGAGCCCUCUUCUGUCRCAUAUAACACUACUACUAUAGAUGGAGUAACAACGGUGUCUGUSGCCUACAGCUGCUCCACCAGCAAGGUGACAGUAACUUGGGAUGCGGUGUUUGGGGCUAACCUGUACAGGGCCGUAGCCACMGACGGCUCUGGGGUCUCCCUGAACUGCACAUCAAACUCCACCAGUUGUCAGAUCGCAGAGCUCAAAUGUGGGGAAAACUACGAGGUUCAUGUCACGGCCAUCUCUGACUGUGAAAGCACSUCCAACGUCACGGCCACGUUUGAGACAGUCCCCUGYGCUCCGGUUCAUCUCCAGACCACACAUGAAUGCUCCUCCAACGUCAUUGUCUUCAGCUGGGAGCUAACCAAUAACACCAACUACUACGUGGCCACGGCUGUGGACGACACUGGUGAAACGACAGAGUGCAUGACGCAGGACAAUAUGUGUUACUUCACCAAUGUGGGCUGUGGUCGUUUCUACACGUACAAAGUGUAUUCKGUGAGCUCAGAGUGCAACAGCUACAUCAGCGAACCCAAGUCUAUCCAGACCUCUCCUUGUAUCCCAUCAAACGUGAAGACAGAAACUGUCUGCUUCACAAACACUCUCGUCACAACCUGGGACUCYGCUGAAGGAGCUUUGUCAUACAACGUCAAGGCUGAAGGGAACAACGGACAAACCUACAACUGCUCCUCCCCAAACAACACUUGUGAAAUCACCAGUGUGCCGUGUGGAGAACAGCUCAGCGUGUGGAUCGUUGCCUCCAACGACAACUGCUCCACUGACAGAGUGCUGGUAGAAGCGGCUCAGACCRUUCCCUGCACUCCCAUCAAUGUCUCGGCAUCAGCGGAGUGCAGUCCGGACUCUGCGAGAGUGAACUGGAUUGCGAGCCACGGGACGAUAUUCUACAUUGUACUUGCUGAAAACACAAACGGGWACUCGUACCAUUGCUAUUCAAUGGGAACCACCUGUUUCAUGACAAACUUGGCAUGUGGACAGAAUUACACCGUCAAAGUCAUUGGCAAUAAUAUUGACUGCAACAGUACAGCAAGUGAGGAGGUUCAUUUCAUGACAGCACCUUGCCCUCCGACAAAUAUUGAGGCAAUCAGAGACUGUGACGCCAACCAGGCUGUGAUAGUCUGGCAGAACCACCAGACGUCKGGCGUCCACACGGCGCUGCUGGAAGAUCAGAGUGGUCCUCAGCUCAACUGUACCAGCAACACGGUCAACAACUGCACAAUCCUCUCUCUGCCAUGUGGAAAGAAAUACAACAUCACCGUCACCUACAGCCAAGGACAGUGUCAGUCCACCUCAGCCUCUAUUGGCAUGGACACAGUACCCUGUGCUCCGGUGAACGUCACUGCAAACCUGCUUUGUGACUCCAACGACUUGACAGUCAGCUGGGAAUCCUCUCCUCUCCGGCUCAGCUACAGUGCGAUGGCUGUGCCACUAGAUGGCAGUAGACCAGCCACCUGUAAUACCAACAACGCCAGCUGUGUUCUCACGGGCUUUCAUUGUGGGCAAGCGCUCAAUAUUUCUGUCAAAGCCUCCUCUGAGAGCUGCAGCGGACCGUACAGCCCCGUACAGACUGUUCACACAGGUCCCUGCUCCUCUCAGAACCUAACCGCAGUGAUCGAAUGUGGGACAAACUCCCUGCGGGCCUCCUGGCAGGCUUCCUCUGGGGCCUCCUCUUACGCAGCGACAGUGACCGGUCCGAAUGGUUUCUCCAACCACUGCUCCACGUCAGAUCUCACCUGCCUUUUCUCCAGCCUGAAGUGCGCCACCAGCUACACCGUCCAAGUUGUGUCCCAGGACGGCCUCUGCGCCAGCGCUCCCAUUMAAACUGUGACGACAACGGGCCCAUGUGAUCCGGUAAAUGUGACCGGCGUCCUGCGGUGUGGUUCAGACACAGCCACGGUGUCCUGGGUUAAAGGUGCCGGAGCUGUAGCCCACGUCGUUCUCGCUCAGGAAGARGGAUCCCAAAGGUAUGUUUCCUGUAGGAGUAAUGCAACUUCCUGUCAGCUGAGCCAGCUGCGGUGUGGAAAAUYGUACAACUUGACGGUAUUGGCUGAAGACGUUACCUGCAACAGCACUGGCGAGACAACAGGAACCCUGAUGACAGCUCCAUGUUCUCCGUCCAUCCAGAGCAGCACGCUGACGUGUGGAAACGGUUCUGCUCUUCUGAGCUGGAYACCAGUGGCCGGCGCUACUGGUUUUGCAGUUAAUGCAACAGCUGGGAACGGGCACAGUGCUUCCUGCCGCUCGGACGCAGCUUCCUGUAGCCUGUCUGACCUCCUGUGUGGUCAGACGUACACGGCCUCUGUCACUGCAACAGGGAACCAGUGCAACAGUCCACCCGGACCCAGCGCCACCAUCACCACAGCCCCCUGCUCUCCAGCUGUAACAUCUAGACAGUACGACUGUGGCACCAGCACAGCAGUGAUUAGCUGGUCCAACACCGCGGGAAGCUCCAGCUUCCUCGCUCAGGUAGCAGUGGACRGGCAUSGGGACAGCUGCCACACUACAAACACCAGCUGCACGUUCAGAAAUCUGCCCUGUGGCUCGGAUGUCAAUGUGACUGUCCAAGCGCAGGCAGCCGAGUGCAACAGCAGCAUCAGUGCCGGCAAAUCCCUCCAAACAGUCCCGUGUGCCCCAGAGAACGUGAGCGCCACCGCUCUGUGCUCCACUCACUCAGCUUUAAUUACCUGGGUGGGCAGCCCCGGUGCCAUUGGACACAAUGUGACGGCGACGGGCCAGAACGGACACACACACCUCUGCCACACACACUCCUCCAGCUGUCAGGUCACAGACCUCCACUGCGGGGAAACCUACAGCGUUUCAGUCGUGCCGUACUCACUGACGUGCACAGGAGCCCCGAGUGCAGCUUCCAGCUUUAGAGCAGGGCUUUGUCCUCCCAGCAAUGUCACUGUGUCUCCUGCUUGUGGGGACAGCGCCGUCUCUUGGACUCCAGUGGCCGGAGCGGAGCUGUACAUAGCGACGGCUACAGCAAAAGAUGGACACAAUCAUACUUGCAGCUCAAACUACUCGAGCUCCUGCGACUUCGCCAACCUGCACUGUGGGGAAAUCUACGCGGUCACGGUGGUAACGGUGGACCGGGGCUGCUGGAGCGAGCCGAGCACAGCGGCRAUGCUGAGAGCAGGUUAGAAGAAUUGAAACACAGGGAGCCUAAAAAGAUCAAACUGUUUUAAAYGUCUUUUCC